AUGUGGCAAUGGGAUCGAGAAGUCUCGGCAGCAUUGCUGGAGGCUCUAGCCUGGCAACCAAACUCGAGUAGACUGAAAAGGCCGGGAGCUGAUUGUAGAAGCAGGAACACCAGAACCAUGAAGGCACAUCGUAGCUGCUCCAUUGCAUGUUGGCAUUGCAAGACGUGUCAUGAAGAAAUUGUAGAGUACAUCCAUACAGAUACUUGUGCCGCCACUAGUCUCAACUCGAAGAAGGGCAAGGUUUACAACGAGAACCAAUCCGACAACCAAAAAGACGAGCGGUACGGGUACGUUAUGAUGAAAGGACCAGAAUAUACAGAGAAGCCGCAAAUCAUCUCCUCGGGACGAAAUGUCGACCUGACACUCUAUCUCCACCAUGCAAAAUGGUGCUUUGAGCAUUUCUUACGAUGCCCAAACUGGAGAACCUGUAGUCUGGACUGA